AUGGCGUCGUACAACACGUCGAAAGGCGUGCUGCUCUCGCCGCCCGAAGUGGAGAUGGUAGUGGUGGUGGUAGUGACUGUCCUGCUGACCGUCGUCGUUAUGCUUGUCGACGUCGCAGCAUCCUCCGUCGUCGUGUUCAUCCUCGCUUCAAUGUCGCACGCCCUCGCGAUGAGGACGUGGGUGGUCGAUCCCGAUGAAGCUAGCAGCCAGAACAACAACGAGAGGACGAAGAAAAAGGUCGCCAUCGCCUCCAACUCGGCGCUCUUUGAACUUCGCUGCAAUGAAUGGAGGGCUAAGUCUUCCUGCACGACGCGAUUAUGCCGUCCAGGUACACGCUCCGGCGUUCUGGACCUGGUCGUCAGCUAGACUGACGAAUUGGUCGAGUACCGCAGAAGAAAAAAAAAAACCUAUAGGAGCUCUCGCGGUCAAUCUACAGAAGUAAAUCUCACUUCCUUCG